CCUUCGUCGGUACCUCUGCGGAGCCCGCUGGCGCCGACUUCUGGGCGGACAGCUUGCGCGCCGGGGCGGCGCUGGCGGCCUUCGUGGAGGACGCCCUCGGCGGCGCGCUGGAGCCGUCGCCCAUGAGCCAGCCGCCGCCCGUGGAGGAGGCCCCGCCAGGCGCCGUCAGGACGCUGGUCGGCCGCACGUGCCGCGCGCUGGUGGAGGAGAGCGAAACCGACGCCCUGGUGGAGGGCUAUGACCAGUGGCGGCGGGAUCAUCCCUGGCGCACCCGCCAGGUGGACGUCCUGGCCCCGCUCCUCGCCAGGCCGGGCCGUCCCGCGGGCCUCGGAGAGGUCG